GUUUUCCUGAAUUCGCCUACCAUUUAAAUUUUGAUUUGGAUAUAUAAGAGAAGGCAUCAAGGUUUUCUUCAAUCCAUUAACGAAGACUUUAGAGAUAAUUAUGCAUAUAAAAUUACAGAGGUGUUGAAGCAGUGAUAGACGAAAACAGGGUGUUGAAGCAGGAAAACUUGUUAUAAAGCAUUACCAGAAGUAACGAUGACGAAGAGACUGAUAUGGGAAAGAAAACAAGAAAGGAAAAGACGGAAAGAUUGAGAAAGGAUCAAGAAGCGCAAUGGAAAUGAUGGUGAGAAUGGCGACUGAUACUGUUGGUGAUAUACUUGCCAAAGCAAUCAUGCAUGCUCAAUUAUCUAUUAGCUUAGAUAGGUUCGAUUGGGAAAAUUGUUCCGGAAUAGAGAAUGUUGACCAUACACGCGACCUCUCGGUCUAGAUAGAGAUCAUCUCUUCAGUGGUCCAACUCCAUUUAGAGAAUAAGGCUAUUAACGAUCGAAUUAUUCAUGGAAAUUAUAUUUGGUUUAUCAUAAUUUUAGAGAUUCAAAAAGGGGAAGGACUUGCUUACUCUCCUCUGCUUUUAUUGAUACUCGUGUCCAAGUGUCCAAUGCUUAGUAUUCAUUUUUAAAGUUAAUUAUUAACUUAUAAUCAUCACGGCAAUACGUUUCUAGAAGAUUUACUUUGAUAUACAUUCGUAACUACACGAACACAAGAAAAAAAGCUUUCAAAAACCCAAAUCCUUAUCUCCUUUGGUUAGAUGGCCAUUAGAAGAUGAGAAUAUGGUUAACGUUGUUUAUCAAGAUUAAGAAACUUUGAUGACAACAUAGACAACAGUUAUUAUAAUCUACGUUAUUUAUUUCUUCUUCUUCAAGAAGGAACAAGUACUGGUAAGAAAAACAUGGACACGGAUGGAAGUGGAAGCUCAAACACAACCACAACAUGUGCAGCUUGCAAGCUUUUGAAGAGGAGGUGUGCCCAAAUUUGCCCCUUUUCUCCAUAUUUCUCACCCCAAGAAACCCUCAAGUUCAAAUUAGUUCAUGCAGUUUUUGGUGCUAGCAACUUCUCCAAUAUCCUCAUGGAGAUACCAGAGAGCCAAAGAGCUGAAGCUGCAGACAGUCUUGUAUAUGAAGCAAGUUUGAGGGUAAGAGAUCCUGUUCAUGGAAGCAUGGGCGUGAUCUGUGCUUUGCAACGCCAAAUUCAUAGUGUACAGGCCGAGCUCAAUGCAGUUAGAGCACAAAUAUUAAAGUAUAGGGAUCAAGCAGACGUUGUCCCUCCUCCUAAUGAUGGCUUGCCUUAGCCUAUCCACGCUGCUUCAACGAUCGCAGUGACAAAUGUCGCCAUCAGCGCUGCCUCAUCUCCAUCCAAGCUCGCCGUCCUCCUUCUCCUCCUCCUCCUCUUCCAUGCUCUCACGGCCAAGCCUUCCUUCAGAAAAAUAGCAUCCAUUGAUGUUCCUGGUGGAAACAUAUAUAUCCUAUAUUUUCGGAAAGUUUCUAGGACAAUAGAAGGCCUUUUCUUUAUUUGCCCUUUUGGGUGAGCACGAAUAUUUGUGGGUUUAGCUUGAGAUAUCUAUAGCCAGCUUAGUUAAGUUUCAUUCUCCUUCGUAUUUUUCCUCCUGUAUUUGUUUUCUUAUUUAGGUAUCAGUCCUCCUUUAUGUGCUUUUCAAUUAUGCAGUCAUAUAAUGAAACGUGAAAUUUG